AUGAUGAUGGACCUUUUCGAAACUGGCUCCUAUUUCUUCUACUUGGAUGGGGAGAGUGUGACUCUGCAGCCCUUAGAAGUGGCCGAGGGCUCUCCUUUGUACCCCGGGAGUGAUGGGACCCUAUCCCCUUGCCAGGACCAAAUACCCCCGGAAGCCGGGAGCGACAGCAGCGGCGAGGAGCACGUCCUGGCGCCCCCGGGCCUGCAGCCUCCGCACUGCCCAGGCCAGUGUCUGAUCUGGGCUUGCAAGACAUGCAAGAGAAAAUCUGCCCCCACAGACCGGCGGAAAGCCGCCACCCUGCGCGAAAGGAGGAGGCUAAAGAAAAUCAAUGAGGCGUUCGAGGCGCUGAAGCGGAGGACUGUGGCCAACCCCAACCAAAGGCUGCCCAAGGUGGAGAUCCUGCGGAGCGCCAUCAGCUACAUUGAGCGGCUGCAGGACCUGCUGCACCGGUUGGACCAGCAGGAGAAAAUGCAGGAGUUUGUGGCAGACCCCUACAGCUACCGACCCAAGCAAGAAAAUCUUGAGGGUGCGGAUUUCCUGCGCACCUGCAGCGCCCAGUGGCCAAGCGUUUCGGAUCAUUCCAGGGAGCUCGUGAUAACUGCCAAGGAAGGUGGGGCGAGCCUGGAUUCGACGGCCUCCAGCAGCCUUCGAUGCCUUUCUUCCAUCGUGGACAGCAUUUCCUCGGAAGAAUGCAAAGUCGCCGGCGCGGAGGAGGUGGUGGAGAAGUACAGUCACUUCAAGCCAACGCCAGGGACCUCGUCCACACAGCAGGAAGAUCCCGCCCACCUUCCCUCUCCUAAUCCUUUAGACACAUUGCAUUAGUAUUGAGGAAGGAGACAGAGUCACAAAUGAAAUGUGUCAAACUAUUGUGCACUAUCAGUCGAAAGGCCUUCGGCUUGGGGCUUUCAUUUUUGGGUUUGUUUUUUUUUAAAACAGCUAGUGGCUUAGGUCUAGACCUCUUUGAGUGGAAGGUUUUGUAACACGUUAACUUUUAUUAAGGUGAUCCUUCAGUGCCAUGUUUCAGAGAUAUUCAUUCCUGUCUACAGCAAAGUGGGAACGCGGUAACUGUUAAUGUUAUUUAAUGUAUUUUUGUAAGAAAUACUACUUUCAUUUUUUAAGUAAACCUAAG